GGGUCGGAAGUCGGGGCUCCCCGCGAAGCCGGCAGCCUCGCGGGUCCACCGCUGAGGGUCAGGGAGCCAGGAUUCCGGGGUGCCCGUAUUCCAGGAGUGAGAUGAACGUCCAGGGUGCGACGGGUCCACCAUGGUCCCCGGAUCCUCCCUGGCUUGUCGUCGCCUUUUGAGGUCCACACAGAGAGGGCAACCCUGGGGACGCGACUAGAACAGGUGUCUGACCCUGGACAUCUAGAGCCCAGGCUGAGAAGAGGACAGCGGAGCUUGCAGGCGCCCGCAGGGGCAUAGCGGGCCCCACUGCUGUGGCCACGCCCAUCAAAGACCCCGCCUCCAUGCCCCUCCCGUCCCGCCCCCUCCCUGCCGCGGUGGGAGACCCGGGGGCCUCCUCAGCCACCCAGUCCCGCCAUGAGCAUUGCCUCGCUCCUACCUCUGCUGUUUCUGCUGGGACCACGGCUCCAGGCUGAGGGUGUCACAGAGCCAACGCUGCCCACUGUGGUCCUUGCUAUCCUGGCCCGCAAUGCCGAGCACUCUCUGCCCCACUACCUGGGCGCACUGGAGCACCUGGACUACCCCCGGGCCAGGCUGGCCCUCUGGUGUGCCACAGAUCACAACGUGGACAACACCACUGCGAUGCUGCUGGAGUGGCUGGCUGCUGUGGGCCGCGACUAUGCGGCUGUCGUCUGGAAGCCUGAGGAGGAGGCCAGGCUCUACCCAGAUGAACAGAGCCCCAAGCACUGGACCAGAGAAAGACAUCAGUUUGUGAUGGAGCUGAAGCAGGAAGCCCUGACCUUUGCCAGGGCCUGGGGAGCUGACUACAUCCUGUUCGCAGACACAGACAACAUUCUCACCAACAACCAGACUCUGCGGCUUCUCACAGCGCGGCAGUUGCCGGUGGUGGCCCCAAUGCUGGACUCCCAGACGUAUUACUCCAACUUCUGGUGCGGGAUCACGCCCCAGGGCUACUAUCGCCGCACAGCUGAAUACUUCCCUACCAAGAACCGCCAGCGCCAGGGCUGCUUCCGGGUCCCUAUGGUCCACUCUACCUUCCUGGUGUCCUUGAAGACUGAGGAAACAGCCCAGCUGGCCUUCUACCCACCUCAUCCUAACUACACUUGGCCUUUUGAUGACAUCAUUGUCUUCGCCUAUGCCUGCCAGGCUGCUGGGGUCUCAGUGCACGUGUGCAAUGACCAUCGCUACGGGUACAUGAACGUGGCAGUGAAGCCCCAUGAGGGGCUGGAGGAAGAGAAGACCAACUUCAUCCAUCUGAUUCUGGAAGCACUGGUGGAUGGACCCCCUAUGCUGGCCUCAGCUCAUGUGUCUCGGCCCCCAAAGAAGCCCAACAAGAUGGGAUUUGAUGAAGUCUUUGUCAUCAGCCUGGCCCGCAGACCCCAGCGCCGGGCUCGGAUGCUGACCUCUCUCUGGGAGAUGGAGAUCUCUGCUCAGGUAGUAGAUGCUGUGGAUGGCAGGACACUCAACAGCAGCAUCCUUAAGCACCUGGGUGUGGACCUGCUCCCUGGCUACCAGGACCCUUACUCGGGCCGCACGCUGACCAAGGGUGAGGUGGGCUGCUUCCUCAGCCACUACUCGAUCUGGGAAGAGGUGGUUGUCAGGGGCCUGGCCAGGGUUGUGGUGUUUGAGGAUGACGUCCGCUUUGAGGACAACUUCCGGAGGCGGCUGGAACGGCUGAUGGAGGAUGUGGUGACUCAGAAGCUUUUGUGGGAUCUGAUCUACCUUGGCCGGAAACAGGUGAACCCUGAGGAGGAGGUGGCCGUGGAGGGUCUGCCGGGUCUGGUGGUGGCUGGGUACUCCUACUGGACACUAGCAUACACCUUGAGCCUGGCAGGAGCUCGCAAACUGUUAGCCUCCCGGCCUCUGCAACGCAUGCUGCCUGUGGAUGAGUUCCUGCCCAUCAUGUUUGAUCAACACCCAAAUGACCAGUACAAGGCAUACUUCUGGCCUCGGGACCUCCAAGCCUUCUCAGCCCGGCCUCUGCUUGCCUCCCCCACCCACUAUGCGGGAGAUGCUGAGUGGCUCAGUGACACAGAGACAUCUUCCCCCUGGGAUGAUGACAGUGGCCGCCUCAUUAGCUGGACUGGCUCUCAGAAGACUCUUCGCGACUCCCACCUGCACCUGGCUGGCAGCAGUGGAUAUAGCCUCCAUCCUCACCCCAGGGAUGAGCUCUAGCCUCUAGCUGACGAGGUCCGAGUGGAACUCCAAAGGAGCAACAAGAACAGAAAGGAAAGUCUCAGCAGAAGCCUGGCUGUUCUCUUGGGCUCCACCAUCCUUCCACCUCUGGAGCCCUCCCAGGUUGGGAGAGCUACUCUGAGAUAGUCCAUUCCCUGAAUGUCACAACGAGAAGACAAGACUCAGACUCUUGAUUCCACACGCAGAUUUGGAGCCCAGUGGGCUCAGGAACAAGGGAGGCCCCAGCCUUCGGGUUUCAAGCUGGCCAUACCGUAGAAUCCUGACUCCUGCCCUCUCUGAGGACUCAGCUGCUGGAGCCACCUUGCUUCCAUCUACCUCCACCUCAGCCCCGUCCCUGGCUUCACAUCUGGGGCUCACAAGCACCCUUCUUCCUGGCUGGCAGAAAGUGCGGGAAGGCAGGAGGCACACCUGGUGCCUGGCACACAGUAGGCCUUCAAUAAAAGUCCUCUGCAUUGGCACUUUUUUUUUUUUCGAGACAGGGUUUCUCUGUGGUUUUGGAGCCUGUCCUGGAACUAGCUCUUGUAGACCAGGCUGGUCUUGAACUCACAGAGAUCCGCCUGCCUCUGCCUCCCAAGUGCUGGGAUUAAAGGCGUGCGCCACCACCGCCUGGCCUGCAUUGGCACUUUAUACUUCACUAGCAGCUGAACCUCUCUGCAUCUCACCAGGCCCAGGCAGGAGACCCCCUGAGUUAGGGACAGAGAGAGAGGGCAGAGGAAGAGUGCUCAAAUUAGUUGGCAGGUGCUUGCUUCCUGGCUGGGCGUCCAUGUCGCCUUUGGUAGGUGGAGGUAUAGCUUCUGAGCAGAAUGGGCACUCGUGGCACCCUCAGCCUUUGCUCAUCAGCUUGGGCCCAGUCAAGGUCCAGCCAGAGGUCACCCCCACUCCUCCCUUUUGGAUUUCUGCUCUGUGACUCCAAUCCUUGUGUCCAUAAGAUGCCUAGUGAUGGAGGUGGGUCUUGUAUUAAUCUGUUGCUUUCAUUGGUUAAUUAAUAAAGAAACUGCCUAGGCCCAUUUGAUAGGCCAACCCUUAGGUGGGUGGAGUAGACAGAACAGAAUGAUGGGAGAAAGAAGCCCAGUCAGUGAGUCACCAUGAUUCUCCCACUCCAGACUGACGCAGGUUAAGAUCUUUCCUGGUAAGCCAGCUCGUGGUGCUACACAGAAUAUUAGAAAUGGGUUAGAUCAAUAUGUAAGAGCUAGCUAAUAAGAGGCUGAAGCUAAUGGGCCAA